ACGCUCUCUGUGUUCCUUCCCUGACAUCGCGCUGAUUGACAGGCGCGGCAGCCAAUAGAAGCAGAGGAGGCGUGGUCGGCGGCCUUGUGAGCAAGAUGGGGGUCAAACUGGAGAUCUUCAGGAUGGCGCUGUAUCUGACGUUCCCUGUGACCAUGUUCUGGAUCUCUAACCAGCCGGAAUACUUUGAAGAGUACAUAGUGAAGCGUAAGAGGGAGAUUUAUCCACCGGAACAAGAUGAACAGAAGAGACAGCUGCAGGAAAUGAAGGAGGCCAUGAGACUGAAGAAAGAGAAGCUCUACAUGCAGGAUUAGAGCGUCCUGCGGCCCCCCCAUCCCUCAUUGCACUCUGUAUAUGGCCCCCGAUGUAUAGGACUACAUCAUAUCAGACUAUAGUAAAGACAUGUUUUGUACAUAG